CACCUCUAACAUCCGAUGUGACAUCUAUCUGACCACCCUUCAUAAGCAACUGGUGUUUACGGCUCAGUUAUUUUAAUUAGUGGUUGAUUAAAACUAGUUCGAGCACACCGUGGGCACUGAUGUGGCAAAGAAACGUACACUCCGUAUAUAUACAACUAGAGUGAGCUAUUUAUAAGCCGACUUAUUAAACGAGUAAUACCAUGCGCAUAAAGCUCUUAUGAAUGCAUGCUAUUCAAACAUUUAUAACUGGAGUAUAUAUAAAUUGUCUUAGACGUACGUGUAUAUAGGUUGUUAGUACUUUCACACGGACAUAGCUGCUUGAAGUUAGGUUUAGUUAGUUUUCUAAUAUGAUGCCUGCAUUCGGACGUUCGACUUAGACCUGAUACGUUCGUGGGGCACAGCAUUUGGUGUAGGAAGUGUUCGGCACAUUUCGACAGGAGGUGGAUUAUAUUGAGUUUGGAGCACAUAGAAUGCAAACAAAAUGGGUGAUUGUACACCAUUGUCACAGCUCAUCUCAUCCAAUGCAUUGAAGUUGCUUGCAAACACUAGCGAAUAUGGCGAUGGUGACGUAGCCAGUUUACAAUGUCUCUCGGGCUAUGACUUAAAGGGACCCGAUGUCGUCACUUGCGUACUAGGAAGAUGGAGCCCUUCACUGCCAUCAUGCACAGCCAAACGUUCGCCAAGUGGCCUCUCAACCGACCAAACGGUCAUUAUAGUCAUCUGUGCAAUAGCGAGCCUAAUCGCAUUGAUUGUCAUCCUCGCAAUGUGUGUCAUCUGCUGUAAGAAAUCUAAAGACGAAGACCCCACUCCCCCAGAGAAACCAGAACCUAAAGUAGGAGCGACAAAUCCCGUCAUGGACUGGGUCCAAAAAAGUGACCUUGGGCCCACUACUAUGGACGAAGAUGACAACGUUGGUAUGCCACCAGUUCACUUAAGCACGUUAAGUCCCGUAUUGAAAGGAAAACAGGACGCCGCUGACGAGGACAAUAUAAACGGAGAGGACAAUGUCGGAAUGCCUCCUGUCCAUUUGAGUACUAUGAGCCCAGUAUUGAAGGGAAAACAAGAAAAUGCAGAAGAAACUGAUAUACAGUUUAAAUAGCUUGAUAAAAGUUAGACUGCACGCCUUACUUGCCAUUUUGUAGAUUUAAAAACUACGCACUUAAUCAAGGUGGGAACAGCAGGGUGAAUUAUAACUUUGCAUGAGAGAACGCAUUUCCAUCAAACAACACAUUUGUAUAAGACAGACUUACCUUCAAGGUAUUGCAUUAUGUGAAUUUAAUCAAUUAAUGGCUGCGUUUCUAAAGAUGGAACUAGCUUAAGUUGCAAAAACUGCAAUUUAGUUUGGGUUGUAGACCAACCCAAAUAAACAAUGGAAAUCAUUAAAAUACAAUACAACAAUGGACAGUAGAUGAAAUGUUGUAGAACAUUUUGCUCACCACGCUGAAAGCCCAUGGCCUAGCAUUUCUAUCAAAAUAUAGAAAGGGUGGUGAAAAUAAGACGAAAGUGGAAUUCAAAACAGAAUCAUAUAUUAAUAAAAAAAAACUAGUGGAAACGAAUCAUUUCCUGUUUCAAAUCAUCAUGUUAAGAGUUAAUUAAGGUUAACCGUGUACAACAAUUUUUUAACUUAUUUGUGCAUGAUAUGAUGUCAGUUUUGCCAGGCACCAUGUACUAAAAAGGUUUUCUGAUUACUUAUCCUUUUUGGACUACCUUAAGUGUGAUCUUCACAUGUUUGACUAGGGGUUGACCUGGAUAUUGUCAAAACCUGGCCGAUUUAAAUCCUUAGGGUUAACCUUUAACUAAGGUAGGCCGUGCAUAACCAUUUUUUCACUUAUUUACGCGAUGUGGGACACAAAAGAUUUAUAAAUUACAGAUUCUGUUUUGCUUACCUUUGCCAUUGUCCUUUGAUCAGUGAUGUGGAGUUUGAAAUCUUCUCGGAGACUAAUGUUAACAUUUCAAAAUUUGUUUUACAGAUUUUAUUAAAAGUCGGGCCUAAAAUGUAUUUCUACAUGGAGUUAAACAAGUUUGGGCCAAAGCUG